UGUGCCCUGAGGGAAAUAAGUUGGUGGGAGCUGUGGAUGACGGAGACGCUAGGGCUUUGGCAGGUGCAUCUUCAGUUCCCCUCACACUUUGGGCUCCUCAGGGAGGAGGGGCUGGAGCCCUGGCCCACCAUUAGCACAAUGAUCCUCAGGCUGCUUCUGGCUCUCAACUUCUUCCCCUCGAUUCAAGUAACAGAAAACAAGAUUUUGGUGAAGCAGUUGCCCAGGCUUGUGGUGUACGACAAUGAGGUCAACCUGAGCUGCAAGUAUACCCACAACCUCUUCUCAAAGGAGUUCCGGGCAUCCCUUUAUAAGGGAGUAGAUAGUGCUGUGGAAGUCUGUGUUGUGAACGGAAAUUACUCCCAUCAGCCUCAGUUCUACUCAAGUACAGGAUUCGACUGUGAUGGGAAAAUGGGCAACGAAACAGUGACAUUUUACCUCCGGAAGUUGUUUGUUAACCAAACGGAUAUUUACUUCUGCAAAAUUGAGGUCAUGUAUCCACCUCCUUACAUAGACAAUGAGAAGAGCAAUGGGACCAUUAUCCAUGUGAAAGAGAAACAUCAUUGUCCAGCACAGCCGUCUCCUGAAUCGUCUAAGCCAUUUUGGGCACUGGUGGUGGUUGGUGGAGUCCUAGUUUUCUAUAGCUUGCUAGUAACAGUGGCUCUUUGUGCCUGCUGGAUGAAGAAUAAGAGGAGCAGGAUCCUUCAGAGUGACUACAUGAAUAUGACCCCCCGGAGGCCGGGGCCCACCCGAAGGCACUACCAACCCUAUGCCCCAACACGCGACUUCGCGGCGUACCGCUCCUGACACGGACGCCUAUCCAGAUGCGAGCCGGCUGGCAGCUCUUCACCUGCUCAACACAACUGCUCUGGAUAGGAAAAACCCGCCUCGUCUUCAGCCGGCCACGGGCUCCUUUUACGGGCUCUUAUUAGGCUCUUAUUGCCAAUUUUUCUUGAACGACUAGACCAAAUAACUUUAUUUUGAGACUCUGAAAUGAAGUUAAAGAAUAUUACUGUGGCAGGCUCUAUCUUGUAGUGCCAUGACCCAAAUUCCAACUUACAGUGUAUUUAUUGACUUAAGAGGUUACAGUAGAAAACAAAACAAAACAAAACAAAAAACCCCAUGGAUUCUGUUAGCCUUGAAAUCUGCUUUCCAUUUCACUCCUAUCUCACUCACCUGAACAUUGUGGUCAAGUGCAGUGUGACACGGAAGGACUUUUUAGAUGGAGAAGAAAGGUUUGAAACUCAUUCCUUUUGGUUAAAUGGGGGUUUAGAGUGGGGAUAUGUUAGAGUGGGGAAGAGGGGAUGGAGACUCAUACAUUUUAAAAAUCAUUAAAACACUGUCUCUCAUUCAUGAAAUGAGCCACUUAGUUCCUAUUUAAUACUGUUUUAGUUUAGAAAGAUAUAGACAUUUUUUUUUUUUGAUGUACUCUGGUCACAUUUAGUCAUUUUGACCAAUGGAAUUUCUUCGAAGCAAUUUGAAGCCGACAGUCUUGCUCUCCUUACUCCCCAUGAUGGGAAUUCAGUGCAGUAUUCACAAUAUGAUUUGAAAAGAAUAAAAUAGUCCUCCCAUACCAAGGAAGAAUGUGUCAGGAAAUGAAGCCCCUUGAUGUCAAAAUCAUUUGAAGAGUUACUUCUUUAGCAAAUCAUUCUAGUCAAAUCAUAUAGGGGGUUUUUCUGUUCGCUGUAUUUCAGGUUUGCCUGGUUGGUUUCUUUGUUGUCUGCAUGGAAAUCUGAAGUGGGACACUGAAAGCGGAUCCAGAGCAGUGCUGAUACUGUGAAAAGGGGGUUGGUAUUCAUUAGGGCGCGGGGGAUGAGUCCCAAGAAACUUCUUCUGGAGGAGGAGAAUAGAAGGGAAUCACAUGACUCUUUCCAAUGUACUGAGGGGGUGGCCAACAACUGGUGGAAGAUUGCCAGAAGACAGCAGGGAGAAGGAGACACGGCGAGAGUUCCUUUACAGUGACUUUAUAUGCCUUAGGGCUCAGAGCUCCAGAACUCUGUGGGUUCAACUGGAGGUCCAUUGACACGGAGAGGUAUUUUGGAGUGUGUCUUUUAAGACAGCAUCAAAGUUCUCAAGAUACCCUGCAAAGACCUGACCCUGUAAGACCUGAUCUUGUCAUGACCAUGGAUAUUUUUCUGCCUCUAGUUGGGGUCAACUGGCUAUGCCUGGGGACCUUGAAGAACAGCUUUACUGCUGCCUUUACGAUUUGUUCAGUGCUUCAGUUUACUCAGAUGUUAGAGGAGUCUAGGUUUUAGAAGCAGAUAAAAUAGAUUUGGUUCAAGUCUCAUUUCUAGUUGGCCUUAGGAGAAUCACUGACUUUCUAAGACUCUACUUUUCAACUAUAAAAUGGAGGUCACGAUCAUGAUUGUUUGUCCCUAUACUAUAAUCUCCAUCAGGGCAUGGCCCAAGUUUGUCUUUUUUUUUUUUUUCCCUGCUUGUCCCUGGCACUAGUACCAUAUUUGAAAAAUAAUGUUAGCUACUAUUAUUAUUGCUGUAUAAGUAAUGUAUAAAGAUUAAACUGAGGAUUCCUGAGUGGCUCAGUGGGUUAAGCAUCUGCCUUCAACUCAGGUCAUGAUCUCAGGGCCCUGGGAUCAAGUCCUGCAUCAGGCUCUCUGUUCAGCAGAGAGUCUGCUUCUUCCUCUGCCUCUGUGCUCUCUCUGUCUCUCUCUCUCUCACCCUCUCUCAAGUAAAUACAUAAAAAUUAAAAAAAAAAAAAGAUAAACUGGGCAAUGUUCCAAGAAGGGAAAAAAUAUUGUAACACAAAUUUAAACCCACUACCCAGGGAUAAGGUGCUAUAAAAUUUGAGAGCCUCUUAACUUCCACCAUUUUCCUGUUUUGGUGUACUUUAGCUUGUAAUGAAAUGUACAGUGUUCUGCCUCCCACUUUUAUGUAUAGAAAGAGGUCUUUAAUUUUUUUGUGAUGUGGGGAGGGGAAUCCUAUGAUUCCAGACAGAAAAUAUUGUGCUUCAGUUGACUUUGAAAUGGGCUUCUAUUCCACAAAUAUAAUUAAUCCAAAGAAAGUCAAACUCACUAGUAUUUGGGUGACAAAGAACUUUUGAGUUUAUAUUGGCACAUGGGCUGCAUUGCUGGCCUCUUGGCACACAGAGUUGUUUAAUCCAAGUUACUGGAUUGGAUUUGAAAAUGAUAGAGCUAGAGAAUUUUAUAAAGAGCAACAACAAAAAAUAAAUUUAAAAAAUGGAAAGAUUUGAUCUUUGGUUAAAAAAAUGGUUUUAUUUUCUGAUGGGAAAAAUAGGUUUACUAAAGAUGAAUCACACUUUAGAUUUCUCUUACUCACUCUGAACAGAGCCAAAGUAGAAAUGUUAAUAGGGAAGUCCGUUUUCACUAUUAGUAUGAGCCAAGAAAUGGUUUAAAAAUAGUGGUUGGAGCAAUGGUUUUACAGUUUCAGAUAUGAUAAUUAUGAAGAGAACAAUGUCAUUUGCUGCUAUUAUUGUAAGAGUUGCAUAAUUAACAGUAUUUCUAUAAUUUUUGAUUGUGAGCUCACUUAUUUUGGGUUGAGCAUGCCAAGUUAAAGAGACCAAGUGUACAUUAUAUUCUGUGUAUUCAGUGGUAAAAUUACUAACUACCAUGUGCUUGUUUUUACUUUGUGCUUUAGUAUUUGUCUUUCAGAGUAGGUAUGAUUGACUUUUGGCCAUGAAUCUGGAGAAAACUUGCUAUUUAAAAAUGGUGUGGGAUAAAUAUUUUUUUUAUAAAUCUCCAGUUUAGGUUUUUAAAAAAGAAUCCAGACUUUCAUAUAUUAGUUUUAUUUCAAGCAAGGUACAACCCUGGUUUGUUUACUUGGCUUUAGUCACAAUUUCUCAUCAAACCAAUGGUUUAUGUCUCUGGGAUGUGUGCAUUCUGUGUGAUGUGUAUACUCUGUGAGAGAAAUCAAACUUCAGCUUUGACCCCCUCAGUCCUUUGGGUUCACUAACUGAACCACUGGUUCUCAUGGCUAAUUUAAUGGGAAUGUUGAUGGUUAAAUGGAUGUCAGAUCCCUCAUUCCAGGUUUUUGCAUUGCUGGAUAGGAACUACAGCCUACCCGGGGACUGAUCCCAAAGUGUUAGAUUCAACGUGCUGGAGGUUGGAGAUGGUGGCAGUGAUGGACCCAGAACCAGGGUCAUCACUGCCGUAGACCUGUUAUUAACCCAAGUCAAGGACGGUGGCAAGGACUUUCUCAAGUUCUGGACUGCGUGACGUCUUGAGAUAUGAGGCUUAGGAAAUGUCCGUUGUAGGUAUAUGCAUACUCUCUGACAUAUUCCUUCUCAGACGUCAGGCAUGUUCUCACCUCAAGGCUUCUGCACAUACUGUUUCCUCGGUCUGGAAUGUUCUUUCCCAGAUAUCUACCUGGCUUGCUCCCUCAUUUCCUUUAGGCCCUUGCUCAAAUGUCACCGUCUACCUUAGUUAACCACCUCCCUCCCCUGUCCCACCAAACCCUAUUUGCUUUCUUGGCUUGCCUUUUUUCCAUAGCAUUUCACCCUCUCUUACACUAGAUUUUUUUACUUAUUUAUUUGCUUAUUGUUUGUUUCCCCAAACUAGAAUGUAAGCUCCAUGAGAGAUGGAACUUUGUCUGCUUUGUUGAUUGCCAUAUCCCUAGUGCCUACAAUAGUACCUGGCAUAAAAUAAAUAUUUAUUGAUUGAAUGAA